AUGCCAGUCGAGUUCGUCAACCAUUGUCAGUUAGACCGCACUGAACCUUCUGAAAAUGAACGCCUGGAGUCACUGAUAAAGGAGCAAUACAAACUCGACUCGCUCGGUAUCUCUAAGCGCGAGACUCUAUUUAGCAAGCUAGACUCCCGUGCCGUCGAGAUUCUUGAUGCUACCACCACACGCUUACCGACCGGUAGAUAUGAAGUAGGUCUUCCGUGGCGUGACAACAUACAGUGUGUUCCCGAUAGCUGCCCGCAAGCUUUAUCAAGAUUUCUAAGCCUCGAAAGGAGAAUGAUUCGUGAGCCCGCCUUCGCUGACGCGUAUAAAAAGUUUAUUGAUAACAUGAUUGCUAAAAAUUAUGCUGAGGAGUGCGAUUCCGGCACUUAUUAUAAUCAUCUUAUCACUAAAAGCGUCAACACCAGCAUUGAUCUCAAACACGAUACCAAUUUAGGCGAUUAUUCAAAUAAAAUUCACACCUUAUCUGAUAACUUACAACCUAGUACAGUCAGUCCGAAUAAAACAGAAACAAAUUUUGACAUUGAGCUGUCAACGGCAGCCAACGCAAGUAUCCAUAGUUCCUAUAUGGACGAUUUCUUGGAUAGUCUGGACGAUGUUGACGAAGCUGCACAGAUGGCAUCCGAUGUUGUGACUAUUCAUCGUAACGCAUGUUUCGAAAUGUGUGGCUGGAAUUCUAACGAUCAGGGAGCAUUGCGUCUUAUACCGACUGAACUGCGCGCCGUCCAGCCUAGUGAGAUGUCACUUGGCAGUGAAUCAAGUAGCGUCAGAGCCUUAGGUGUUUCAUGGGAUCCUAUUUCGGACACUGUCGGAUUUAGGACUGGUUUAGAAGGUCUCAUACUACAGGGCAGUUUUAAUAAACGCAAAGUGUUGUCCCACCUCAUGAAAGUAUACGACCCACUAGGUUUGUUGGGCCCAAUAGUGGUCAAAGGGCGUAUACUGCUUCAGGAGGCGUGGAGAUCCAAUAUUGACUGGGACACACCAUUUCCACCAUCACAGAUUUUAAAGUGGAACGAGUGGUUUAAGGAACUGUCUGACGUAUCUACAAUUAGGAUUUCACGAUGGUACGCCAAGCUCAAUGGAGAACCUCUACACAGGGAGCUACACAUUUUCGCGGACGCAAGCGAGUUGGCCUUUGCCACCGUCGCUUAUUGGCGCUUAUUGUAUGCAGAUGGUACAGUCAAGCUCGCACUCAUCACCAGUAAGACGAGAGUCUCACCUUUGAAGCCCAUUUCAAUUCCUCGUCUAGAAUUGCAGGGCGCUUUGAUAGCUUCUCGCCUUGCUGUCACUAUUAAAGAGUUUCAUAAGAAAAAACCUUUACGAACUUUCCUGUGGACAGAUUCAAGAACUGUCCUCGGUUGGCUCAGAAGUGACGCACGAACGUACAAACCCUUUGUGGCCCAUCGCGUAGGAGAAAUUACAGAAAAUACGCGCGUGCAAGAUUGGAAAUGGGUCCCAACUGAUUUGAACGUUGCGGACGAUGCCACUAGGAUUAAGCCGCUUCAUCUUAAUCCUAACCACCGAUGGUUUACAGGUCCCUCGUUCCUUCUCGAUCCACCGGAGAAUUGGCCUGUUGAACCAGCUGGUCAGCCUAUAGUCCAGGAAGAGCGGAAGCAGACUUCUGGACUUGUGGUUGGUCAUCUGACAAUUACCGCGGAUUUCAGUCGUUUUAGUGACUGGCUACGAUUACUUCGUGCUACUGCUCGCGUUUUGCAAGCUGCGUCUAAAUUUCGCUCGGCUUUAGAUCGCGUAGGUCGCAUUGCUCCUAGCACCGAUGUUAGGCUUCGUCAACGUACGAAUAGACCUACGUCCACCACUCUAAUCCCCCUGACAGCGGAACUUAUGGAAGCCGCAGAAAGGCACGUCCUGAAGAAAGUACAGUCUGAAUCAUUUAGUGACGAAAUCCCAAUAAUAGAACGUGGAGAAUUGAUACCAAAGAGUAGUCGCCUGGCGAAGCUUUCUCCCAGAAUGGGGCCAGACAACUUGUUGCACCUAGCUGGCAGAAUCGUUGCCGUACAAGACGUCGGUUCCGAGAUCAAGUUUCCAAUCAUUCUAGAUGGACGACACCCAGUAGUGCGCUUAUUGGUCAAUUUCUACCAUCGCAAGGCUGGACAUGCAAACAAUGAAAUGGGGGUCAAUGAGGUUCGACAAAAAUAUUGGCUUCUUCAUCUGCGCAGUACUGUUCGAAGCGUCACCAGCAAAUGUUUGUUCUGUCGCAUCAAAAGAGCAAAGCCAAUGAAUCCGAUGACCGGUAACCUUCCUCCUCAGCGGCUUGCCCACCACCGCCGCCCAUUCACGUACACUGGCUUGGAUUAUUUCGGCCCGAUAAAUACCAAGAUCGGCCGAAGACAAGAGAAACGUUAUGUGGCCCUGUACACCUGCAUGACAUCCAGAGCCGUUCACCUGGAGCUUGUACAUUCCCUUUCUGCUGACUCCGCAAUAAUGAGCCUGCGACGGUUUAUUGCUAGAAGAGGCGCUCCCAAUAUUGUAUAUUCUGACAACGGUACAUGUUUUGUUGGUGCAGACCGAAUUCUACGCGAAUUUUAUCAGAACGAGGUCUACGAUUUUGCUGCCAAUAGAGGAAUAAAGUGGAGCUUUAUCCCUGCCGCUGCUCCUUUUUUCGGCGGAUGCUGGGAGAGACUUAUUCGCACCGUCAAAGUCGCGCUGAAUGCCACAUUACGAGAAAGAGAACCUAAUCCCGAAGUCCUAGUAACUCUCCUUCUAGAAGCUGAGGCAAUCGUAAAUUCUCGACCUCUGACCCAUGUCCCUAUUGGCCCUGAAGACCAGGAAACCCUAACGCCCUUCCACUUUCUAAUUGGCUCAUCUUCUAACCAGGUUCUGCCUGCAACCCUUGACGACCGAGACCUUUUAAGACGUGUUGACUGGAGGAAGGCGUUGAGAUUGGCCGACCACUUUUGGAACCGAUGGGUAAAAGAAAUUCUGCCAACCAUGCAACCUCGCCAGAUAGCGGAGAACAGAGAGCACGACUUGACUCUUGGCGACUUAGUCAUCAUUGUAGACCAGAACCUACCCCGAGGAACCUGGCCACGCGGCCGCGUCGUUGCUACAUUCCCUGGCAGAGACGGAGUGGUCAGGGUGGUGGACGUAGCCACAUCAGGUGGAAUUCUUCGUCGACCUUCUAAAAAAUUGGUCAGAUUAGAGGCAUAA